AUGAGUGAAGAAGAAGAAGAAGAGCAGAGGAGGAGGUUGGGAGUGGGGGUGGUGUGGAAGCUUAAAGUAUGUGUGAGAGCCAAAGGUUUCAGUUUGAAGCUCAAUAUACGGAACAAGCUCUCGCUUCAUCGAUGGUCAAUCCUCUUAAGAUUCCGAAAGCAUCAUCAUCAUCUCAAAUCCAAACCGUCCGAUUGGGUCAGAUUCCGACGGAGUCUUUUUGCUCUCUUCCGUGGACGAAAACAGAGGGAAGUGGAUACGAAGAAGAAACUCAUCAAAUUGGUUAGGAAUCGAGCGGUGGUAGUGGCAAAGAAAGCAAAAGGCGUUGGUGUUGUGGUUACUCUCAUCAUCGUCGUCAUCAAUUUUCUAGUCCCAUGGAUCAACAAGCUGAGCAGCGAAUUAGAUUGUUAUGAAUUGUUUGGUAUUAAAUAA